GAAAAGGCCAAAAAAGAGAAAAACAAAAACCCAUCAUUCCGUCUUCGUCGUCUUGUCUAUAGCUACCCUCUAAAACCACCGCACCAGCUUUUCCCUCUACCUACAUUAAGAUUCCGAAUUACAUUUUUAUAUCAUCCUAUUCCUACCAUCAACCAUUCUCUUUAGUGUUACAAUUCAUUAGUACUCUCAUUUUUUCGAUUUUAAAGCAAAUUUUCUUUGGAUCUUUACAAAGAAAAAAAAAGCUCGAAACUUUUAUUUCCUCUCCGUCUUCAGUUUCUGGUGAAUUGUCAAUCUUUUGUUGCUGUGUUUUGGAAUAUCUGAUCUAAUUAAUGGCUGCGAUCACGGAGAAUGUCGAUUCUGUUCACGAGGGUGUUGUUGAUGGAAUUGAGAAGAGGUUGGUGACUGAUUCUAAACCGGAAUCUGAAUCAAAAAUCGAACCGGAGUCUGAUCAAAUGAAGAAGCUGGAGUCUAUGUUCAAGAAACUGAAUCCUGAAGCUAAGGAGUUUAUCCCUUCUUACAAGAAGAUUAAUAAUAAUGAUAAUAAUCAGUCUCUGUCUUCUGAUGAUGAUUUUGCCAUCACUAAGAAGCAAUCUGGUGAAGAAUUCAACAAAAAAGAUGUCAGGAGAAGAAACGAUUAUAACCAAGGAAGGAAAGUUAGGAUAGGUGGAAGAGCUUCCAAGGCUCAAAGAGAGGAUAGUAUUAGAAGAACAGUUUAUGUCUCUGACAUUGAUCAGACUGUGACUGAGGAAGUCUUAGCUGGCUUGUUCAGCAACUAUGGACACGUUGUUGAUUGUAGAAUUUGUGGAGAUCCAAAUUCAAUUCUUCGCUUUGCGUUUGUUGAGUUCUCUGAUGACGAAGGUGCAAGGGCUGCUUUAAGUGUCGGUGGGACAAUAAUCGGUUAUCACCCAGUUAGAGUCUUGCCUUCAAAGACUGCUAUUCUUCCAGUCAAUCCCACAUUUCUCCCCAGGUCAGAAGAUGAAAGGGAGAAGUGUACAAGAACCAUCUACUGCACUAAUGUUGACAAGAAUGCCACUGAAGAUGAUGUCAGAACUUUCUUUGAGUCUACCUGCGGUGAGGUUACUCGCAUAAGGCUGCUUGGUGACCAGUUGCAUUCUACUCGCAUAGCUUUUGUUGAAUUUGCCAUUGCAGAGAGUGCAGUUGGAGCACUAAACUGCAGCGGAGUAGUGUUAGGAACUCAGGCAAUAAGGGUAAGUCCUUCAAAGACACCAGUGAGAUCAAGAUUCACUCGAUCACCAUCCACAAACUACUAGGAGAGAGACAGAAGGGAAUACGCUCUUUGUUGGUGGUGCAAACAUUUCGUUUUUAAAUUUGUCAUUUUAAUUGUUUUAUAGAGCAGAGUUUAUUAUCUCCCAGUUCUGUAGUAUGUGGAGUCAAAAAGCAACGAUGAAACAUGCUUCCGCGUUCUUGUUCUGAUACUCAUUUCAGUUCAUACCAUCUUUUCUCAA